AUGGCAGAUCAAUCUCUCUCAUCGCCUGUUGCUCAAGAUCAUUGGGCCGCUACAUGGACUCCAGAAGGUCAUGGACAAUUUAGCGCGAACGCUUUCAAUUAUGGUGGACAACAUAUUGGUCGUGGAGACUAUGAAGGCGGAGUUCACCCUGGCUUUAUAACUAACCAAGGCUUACACAUUUCAUAUGGUGGCAAAGAAAUUAUCUUGAAGAAUUAUCAAGUGCUUUCUGCCAAGAUCGGUGGUAGUCUGACUUCUGUAAGUCAAGCGCAGGAUCAGUUCAAGUGGAAAGCAUUCCAUGGUGAAGUUAGACCACAAUUCAACAUCCCACUUAAAGCUGGUCACGAGAGAGACGGUAAAGAAUUGUACAUUGCCAGAGUUCGUCAUGGUGAUGUUGAAGGUGCUUCUUAUGCCUUCCAAGGUAAAGAGCAUCGUGCUCUUGAUUAUGAAGUUCUCGUCUUCCAAGGCAAUGAAUAA